ACCCGGCGCGACGCGCGCACCCCCACGUGACUCCCGCCCUGUGCUCUCGCGAGAUGUGACGUCAUCACACCGCGCCGGCGCAUGCGCGGUGGCGGCGUUUUGGAGGCGGCGGCGCAUCGCUGUGUCACGGCGCGGGCGGCGGAGCGCGGCCGCCAUGGAGUACCUCAUCGGUAUCCAGGGCCCCGACUACGUCCUGGUGGCUGCCGACACCGUGGCGGCUUCCAGCAUCGUCCAGAUGAAGCACGACCACGAUAAAAUGUUUAAGAUGAGUGAAAAGAUCUUGCUGCUGUGUGUGGGCGAGGCUGGAGACACUGUGCAGUUUGCAGAAUACAUCCAGAAAAACGUUCAGCUCUACAAAAUGCGGAAUGGUUAUGAAUUGUCUCCUACUGCAGCUGCAAACUUCACACGACGAAAUCUAGCUGAUUACCUUCGGAGUCGAACCCCUUACCAUGUCAACCUUCUCCUGGCUGGCUACGAUGACCACGAAGGUCCUGCCCUUUAUUACAUGGAUUACCUUGCAGCUCUGGCUAAAGCUCCUUUUGCAGCACAUGGAUAUGGUGCAUUCCUUACCCUCAGCAUCCUGGACCGCUAUUACAAGCCAGGUAUCACACGUGAGGAAGCUGUGGAGCUCCUAAAGAAAUGUCUAGAGGAGCUUCAGAAACGUUUCGUCUUAAAUCUGACUUCUUUCAAUGCCCGAUUCAUUGACAAGGAUGGCAUCCAUGAAGUGGACAAUGUACCCCUUCUAAAAGCGUUGUCUUAACCCCUGAGAUCUUUCUUCAACAGUCUUUUUUUGUUCAGUUUUUGCUUUUUUAAUAUUCAUUUGAAGCACCCAAGGCAUGUGUACUGUGCUGCGAGAUUGAAUAAAGGUUGACAUUUAUGCUAGUUCCA